ACUAAGCGUCCUGUCGUGUGCGGUGCGAGUGCGCACGUGUACAUACCGAUUCGUUUAAGUCGUUAAAGUACUACUUCUACAUUAUUAAUAAAAUUUUGUAUUUAGUUUAUUUUUGUAAUUUAUAUGUAAAUGUUUAGUAUAAGUGUGUUUAAGUGGUGCGUGUAAUUUAGUUUCAGUGUGUUAUACAUAAUAUACUAUUUUGUCGUCAGUCUCAUGUCCGAAGAAUUGCUGAAAAGGAAAAAAUAGUGGCGGUCGCCAUGUUCUCCAGUAGAACUCGGUCCAGCGUUCGACUUAAGGAUCCUAAAUCGAGAGAGGAUUCAAAUGUUGUCGGCGGAGGUGGUGCCGGUGCGUUCACUCGCUGGCUCCGGGAGUUCAGACGUGAGACUUACAAGGUGAAUGCUGCCGGAGGUGCAUCAGAUGGCAGUGGCGGUGGAGGAACUUACCAUAGUACUGCGGCCGAAGAUGGCAGGCGAAGGCACUCGUUCAACGCACACGACAAGAGCGCUCACCACCGUGCGGAACAGAGACUGCAGCUGCAGGGUAGCGGCGGCGGAUUGCACGCCUCGCCGGCGUCCAAGACGCAACCUUGUAGGCGAGCAAACAGCACGAUCGUACCGAAGUCUAGAACACGGAACGAUGGAUUGUUCGCUAAGGCCAACUGUUCCGCCGUGGCCACCAUCAGAGAACUGCCCAGCAGCAAGGAAAACCGCUCCUCGCACGGCAAUAAAAGUGUCGUCAAAUCCGGUCGUGUAACGACCCGCAUGACUGAAACUUGUGACGGACACUUACCCAGACAUAGAGCCCCACUGCCACCCGUGGUAAUCAAGGACACGGGUUGCGGACACGAAAAAUUUCCUUCCUGUCCGGCCAUCACCGCCGCGGCGACGACCGUCAAAAGCAAUGGAAUGUCCGUCACCGCGGUCAGGAAGUCCUGGGCGGAAGAGCAGACGGGCAGCAGCGGCAUCAGCAACAGUAAUAGUUAUCCGAAGGAACAACCGCCGCCCAUCGUCCGGCCGUAUCCCAAGAGACUGUCCAACGGGCUAUACACGCAACAAUUGAAGACCGUGAUGGAGCGUUGCGAAAAAAGUAAACCCGAACUGUUGGAUCGAGUGCGAUCGAUGAGAACCAAAAACGGUGGCGGCGGUUACGUGGAAAGACUGCAACAGACCGCCGAGAAACAUUUUUGUGUGCCAUUAUCGUCGACAGCAUUGGAUUCGGUAGACCCAAAAUCUCAGCUUACCCAAGCACAACUCGAAAAGUAUUCUAGAGCUUACGACGACUCGCCGCACCGAGAAACAGACGAAUAUUCAAGCUGUUUUGACGGUAGCGACAGCGCGUUGUCCAGCCAUUUGACCAAGGAGGAGCUGGAUCACUAUACGCGGAUUUACGAGGAAAAAUCCACGUCCCAGAUCAGUUUGACCGAAAAAACAGUGCCUUCGCACCAGCACCAGACAUCGUACGCGCAGAGCGAAGGGUACCAUAGCUACGUAUCCAGCACCGAUUCCACGUCAACACCGUUCCUGGACAGGUUGAGGAGAGACAGCGAAUCUGCCGUCGUGGUUGUUAAUAGUAAAGAUUCGGAGAAACCCACCGUCGUCACUGGUGCCCAGGGAAGGGAUUCAAGUGCCAGUUCCGGUUCGUCAAGCGAAACGCUCAAGUGGCAUGGCUCCAACAGUGACUUGAGCACCGUAUCUAGUAGCGGGUACCGUGGGACCACCCAGCUCAUCGCGCACAGUGCCAAGGUGUCGGCGCCGCAGAGACACCACUCCGAAUCUGUGCUGAGCGUGACUGACGGUUGGUCGGGCGUCAGCGCCCAGGAGCAUAGGGCCGGUAACCAGAGAAAUCUCCGGAAAUUGUUUCCGGUCAGCACGUACACGGUACAACCAGUCAUGGUCGUAGACGAAAAGACUUCACCAAAAUCUCCGCCAGCGCUGACUGUAGCUGAACGUAUCAAUGAACUAGAAAAACAGCAACAGCAGCAACAGCAGCAACAGCAACAUCAAACGCCCAACAAGUUCACGUAUUUUGAUCCGGAAAAGAAGCACAAAGUGACGGACCACUCAUUGAGAGCCAUACAGAAACGGGCCUUGUUGAACUUCUACGAAAGACACCAGCCCGGGUCAUCUUGGAGGUCUGAGCCACAGCUGUCGCCACCUCCGCCUAGGCCUCCGCCAAUACCUUGUCGUCCACGGUUGCCCACUCCGCUUUCUAGACGCUCAUCCAUUUCGUCCGAAUAUGAUUCUCCGGCUACUUGGAACGAUGAUUGUUCAAAAGAUGACAGUUCAGUCGAAGAAGUGAACAACACCAACUCCAAGGAACUCAGUAAAAACAAUCCGCUCAGGAGUUCUAGCUGCGGUUCGCUGUCGACAGCGAUUCUUGGGCCUAUGGUACUUGGACCAUCGAUAUCUAUUGAUGAUUGGGUUCCCGAAUUGCCACCUAAGAAGAAACAGGUCGCUCGACAGCAGACGCCCCAAGCGAAGCGCGAGCCAAGUCCUGAUCUGCCGCCACCGCCGCCGGUGGUUGACGAUGACGAGCAAAUGUUUGUGUCGGAUGAACCGUUGCCACCACCGCCACCGGAAGCCAUCUGGCCGAAGCCCGAGUCCCUGAGGAACGACAAGUUCCUACGCAACGGCAAAGAAAAGAGACUGGAAAGCAGUUUUAGCGCCGUUGAAGACGUGCUUCUUAACAGAGACUUUAAUGCCAGCUGCGGCGGGUUAUCUGUCGGAUUGUCUCCCAACAACAAUCAUCAUCUGAACGGCCACCAGUAUCAGCAUCAGCACAACGCUAUGAGCGAAAAAUCAAAAUCGCUGUCUUACAUAUACGAUAGCCACAAAGCAGUGCCGCAGACACCGGUCAAAUCAUUUGCCAUUGAACUACUACAGCCACCCCUGCUGCCCCCGCCUCCGACGCCAUUAUUAACGAGCACAACGACAACGGAAGAUAAACCACUACAGUUUACGCACAACAGUGUUAAGGAAUUUGGUCGUUCGUCGAGCGUCCGUCGUAAUAAACUCACCAUACCCAAUAAGGAUUACUGUAAGUCUGAGUUCUCGGCCCGGAAAUCUGUGUUCCAGGGUGCCGGUGGUUCCUCGGCACCCAAACAACAGGUGGUUAUGUCCACUGUCAAACCACCUGCAUUCAGCGCUACCAUUACCACGGUCCAAAGCAACGUGGUAAAACAUCAGAUCUGUACACCGCUGAAAAUUGCCAGGGAUGUGGACAAAAAAGCUACGGCGACCACUGCCAGGUCUCCGUCUGCCGCUAAGAAUGUCGCAAUCGUCGGGCCUCUCAAAUCAUCGGGUGUAUUUCCUCCAUCUCUCGAACCCAGCUGUCCACCAACUCUCUACCAACAGAGUCAAUCGAAGGCUUCGUAUCUGUCGGCGUACAAGAGAGAGCCAAGGGAGCGUGAAAAAGGACUUCCUAACUUUGAAGGAAGCUACAAGAGAACGGCGUCUCCGAACAGUGGAGGACGAGAUGCUGCCACGGCCGUGGAACCGCAAGAUGCGGAAAACGUGGCGCCAGACGGAAGCGACUGCUGCAACAAUCUUUUGGAUUCGGGCGGCGGUCGACUUCAAUCCCUGCAGCUGGAUCACCACCAAAACAUCAACCACUUUAACAACAAUAACAACACAGUAACUAGUCAACAACAGUCACCGCCCGGCAAACAGCAGUCCAUCGAUGCAAUGGCCGCGGUUGUCGCGCCACCGUCACCACCGCCUCCGACGGUGUUGUCCGAGCGGCCAGUCGUCGAUCAGCCGCCGCAACAGCAACAACAGCUGUCAAAAACUCUGCCACGCACCAACAAUUCGGUUGGACAGGAUUUCAAACGGUCGUCCCGGACUCCCCGCACUCAGUCAGACCCCUCCAACAUGCCCAACAAGGCGGACUCGGCCAUCACCAAGUUGCAGUUGAUGAUGAUGCCGCCGCCCAGACACUCCGAGUCCGUGUCCAGCCUGCAUCUGCAGAAACGGUCGCAGUCCGACCUGCCGACGGUGUCCGGCGAUUUCGGUCCCGGCGGCCCGGCGCCGCCACUGCUGAUCCACUCGCCGUUGGCCGCGUCGGAAGCCAGCGAACCCGCCACUGCCGAUGACCUCGACGAGCGUUGCACUUCUACCUGGCACACGGCCGAGCCCGCAGUCGCCGUGACCGCCAAUGACCACCGUUACCCCAACCCGGUGUCCAGGAGCUGUUCGGCGGCGUCGUCGGAUGCCACUUCGCAGACGGACAUCAAGUCAAUCGCUGACAGCAUCCCGUCGGCAGUCCGGCGAAAGUCACCCGAAGAGAUCGAAUGCGAAGAACUGUCCCGCGAUCUCAUCAGCCUGCUGUCACCGUACAACAAAUUUCUCAAAAUAAUAACUCCCGGACCGGACGCCAAACGUUCUACUGACUAUGUUUCUCCGCUGUUCCGCAUGGACUUGGUGCCUAGGUCCAGAAAUUCUGUCGCGGAAAAACUAACCGACUGCAGAAGCAUCGACGCCACGUGCGGCCCAAAUACCUCCACAAUAAGCACCUCCUCAACUACCACCGCCGCCGGACUGUCGGCCAACUCAUCCUACUACACUACGUCCGAACCUAAGACGAAACUCCUGAAUCCGCAGCCCUGCAGCCGGCAGAUACAACCUCCAGCCGAAUGCAACGGGAUCGGAAACUUGCAAAAGAAAAAGGCGGACUUAGUAUCUCGACUAGAUAGAAAGCUGAAGGUACUCCGAGAUGAACAAAUUGCACUGGCUGAAGAGACGACGCUGAACGAAACUCUUGGCGUGUCGGUGGCCGAUCGAGUUAAAUCUGUGGCCAAACCUCAGGAAGCCAAUAGGUUCAAAACUCACGUACAGGAAGUGGGCCACAUUACCAGUCUACUAUUGAGCCUGAGUGGACGUUUGGCCCGAGUGGAAAACGAAUUGCUCAACUUGGACGCGGACCAUCCGGAAAAGAAGAUGCUGGAGGAGAAAAAGUGUAAGGUGACUGAACAACUGGAAGAGGCCAAGGCGCUUAAGGGAAAUAUCGACAGACGCGGUGAAUUUGUGUCAACCAUAUUGAGACGAUAUUUAACAGCCGACGAUUACUCAGACUAUGAUCAUUUCAUUGCGAUGAAAGCCAAGCUAUUGAUCGACGCACGCGAGAUUGCGGACAAAAUACAGCUGGGCGAGCAGCAGUUGCGCGCGCUCAAGGAAUUCAUCAGAGACUAAAAUUAAAUUUAAAUGUUAACGCGUUUAAAAUAAAUAUUACAUAAUAAUUUAAUAAAAAUAUAUAUGUUUAUA